CUCGGACUAUGUGAUUGCGCCAAAACAAUUACUGCUGGAGUCUUAGUGCAGAAUUGCAGAUCCAAUUUCCUAUGGAAAGAAAUGGCGAUUAUCCUAACUCCCUCUCUUUCGCCUCUUCAGUCGCUCUCUCUCGCUCUCGGAAAUCCACUGACGAGCAGACAAUAGCCACACAUAGCUCAUGGCUGCUACAAUAUCAUCAACAGAUGUGCAUAAGAUCCAACGACAUAAUGUCGGCAACAUGCCCGAUAUGAUCACCGACUUACCUGAGGGCAUUCUUCUUCAUAUUCUUUCUUUACUUCCUACCAAAGAUGCCGUAAGAACUUCCAUAUUAUCAAACAAGUGGAGGCACUUAUGGACCCACUUAUCAGUCUUUAGGUUUGUAACCGAUCGUCCUCGAUAUGAGUCAAGCCACCAAAAUCAGAACACAGCAAAUUGCCUCUUAGAUCUAGUUGGAAGACUAUUGCACAAAUCUAAUCGCGUAGAAAGGCUCAGCGUUGAAAUAUUUAGAAUUACCAUUGAUGAAGAUAAAGUUAUUUCUUUGAUAUCUUCUGCUUCGAAGCACAAACUUCAAUAUCUUAGACUUUCACUAGGUGAUCGAAAUGAUAAGUUUGUGUUACCCCAUAGUUUCUCAACUUUCGGGUCAUUGAAUGAACUGUGGUUAGGACUCCAGUUCACUCUACAUAUUCCCAGUGGUAUUCGUUUUCCUAACCUAAAGAGAUUAACAGUUUCAAAUGUUACCUUUGCAAAUGAAAAGUCAGUUCAACAACUUUUCUCUGGGUGCACUAUCUUACAAGAUUUGAAUUUGGAUGGUUGCUAUUGGAAGAACUUAAUGCAUAUCAGUAUUGCAAUUCCCACGUUAAAGCAAUUGAGUAUCCAUUUUGAUUUUUUUUCUGUAGAUUUUGAUCAUGAUAUGACACUCAAGAUUGAUGCUGUGAAUCUUUUAUCUUUAAGAUGCUCGUGCAAUCCAAUUAUAGAAUUUAUCCCUGUUAACCUAACCUCCUUAGUUGAUGCAUAUCUUGAUAUUGGGCAUAUCUAUGUGCCUAAUAAACCAUAUGCUGCUCAGUGUGCAAUUCAGCUAUUCAGUGGACUAAGUAGUGUCAAGUCUCUUGAACUAUUUUACGAAACUCUUGAGUGUCUUUCCCAUACAAAGGAUACUAUUCAUCUCCUUCCUAUAUUUCACAAUUUGACACAUCUUGAAGUGACUUCUGGGAAUCCUGAGAACCCCAAUGAGGUACUAAUGGACAUUCUCCAAAAGACCCCUAAGCUAGAAGUUCUUGAGAUUCCUGGGGUGGUACUUAACUACUUGGAUGGUGAAGAUUUGAUAUUGAACUCGGUGCCUCGCUGUUUCGAAUCGUCUCUCAAUCGAUUACACUUUUUAAAUUUUUAUGGAAAUGAAUAUGAAAUCCAAUUUGUUACGUCUAUCUUAAAAAAUGCCCCUUAUUUAUUGGAGGUCGAUAUACAUUGUUCGAGACAUUUAUUAGCUGAUGUGGACCAGAUGAAUGAUGUGUGGAGCCAAUUGGAAGAUGUAGCCCCGGAAAGUUGUGUCGUCCAGUUUUUUAACAGCUACUUAGAAUCAUCUGAUGACGAAGCUUGACGACGAAGCUGAUUGAGACGAAGGUGCUCCCUGCUGCAUGUUAGAAUGGACAAGCUCUGAGUGAUUAAUUCUUUUAUCACUGUCUCUAUAUUAAGGACUUGAGUUAUAGUGAACAUUCUAAUCAUCAAGGGUGAAGAUCUCAUUCAAGGACAAGUUGUGAAAAGCCAGAAGUUGUGCUAUCUGUCUCUGACUUUUCUCUUGAGCGAUUUUCUGCUACUUAUUAAUCUUCUUAUUCCAUAUUUGAUUUGUAUUAUAGUGGGUUGAAAAAUGUUUAUUAGUUCCUAAACAUUGGUUAUCUGUUAUAUCUAUGUUUCCGUCAA